ACCGGACGGCGCCGGGAGCAGAACCAGCCGCGGAGCCCCCAUGGCAGAAAGCGACGACCCUGCCCGCCGGGACCCCGCCCCCGCUGGACCCCGCACCCAGCCUUGCCGGCCCGUGCCGAGGGUCCACGCCUUUGGAAAGGGGGAGCAGGCACUGCGGAGGGACCCCCGCACACCCCCUGCCAUGCAGGGCUGGCUGCACAAGCAGGACAGCUCGGGGCUGCGGCUCUGGAAGCGCCGCUGGUUUGUACUGGUGGAUCUCUGCCUCUACUACUACCGGGACAGCAGCGAGCAGCAGGUCCGGGGUGGCCUCCCCCUGCCCGGCUACGAGAUCCGCGUCCUGCCCGCCGCCCCCCGCGCCCCCCGCGCCCCCCAGUUCCUCUUCACGGCUGAACAUGCCGGGAUGCGAACGUACUGCCUGGGGACCGAGAGCCCCGAGGAGCUGCACGCCUGGGUCUGUGCCCUGCGCCGGGGGGCAUCGGCCCUGCCCGGCUCGGCCCGCUCCCUCUCCCAGCAGGCGCUCCAGGAACCCCGGGCUGCGGAUCCUCCCUCGCCCCCGUUGCCCACGCACUCCCCGAGGGAGGGGCUCGGGGGCCCACCCGUGUCCCCUCCUUGCUGCCCCCCAGUCCCUCCACAGCCCCACAGCGAGGUGCCCCAAGCCCAGGAGCAGCCCCUGUCGCAGGGAUGUCCCCCCAGGGCCGGGGACACGCCGGGGGGCCCGCGGGGACACCCCGAGCUCCAGCCCGCGCCUGCAGAGCGGAGCUCGAGGAAGCCCUGCCCUCCUGGAACAGCACCUCUGCCCCCGCCGGAGCGAGACAUCGGGACCAAUCAGCCACCGGCCUCUCCAACCGCCUCUUCUGAUUGGCUGCCGAGUGCCGCCGAGUCUGCGGGCACCGCCCCCGCUCCGGCAUCCAAUGAGGCGUCGCGGCGGCGGCGGGAGGGGGAGGGAGGGCGUGGCCGGGCGCGAGAAGGUGUGGCCGGGCGGCCAAUCAGGAUCACGCUGCUGCAGGCCAGCUUUUGA